AUGGGCAGUUUCUAUAAUGUACGGAUCAGAGAACAGGGAAUCUCUCACGGCGUCUCGAACAUGCUCUUGAAGGCUCGACUCAAGGUGCACUCUUCUUUUUUCUAUCCUUUCGAUAUCGGCAGGACUGGCCUCAGGGGCGUCGUCGCGAGUAGGUGUGCCACCAUCAUCAUCCUCAUCUCCAUCGCUGCUGACAAGGUCGUCUUCGUAAUCCACUUCGUGGUCGUGGUCUUCGUUGUCGCGUAUGCCCUCACCAAAGGGUUCACGGCUCAAGGUAACAUCGCCAUCCUUGUCAGUCAUAUGAAUUUCAGCCAAACAUUGUAUCUGGAUGUACAAUUGUCGAGAAAAACAUGUAGGUGUCAGUAUAUAGGAUGGUGUCUAGUCGGAACAGGGUAAACCACUAUCUGCUGAGUGUGUUGGAUAUCUUACUAGGGCGUCUGCGAGGGCUGCUAAUGUCUGAUUCAUGUUAUCAUCGACCUGGCUCUGAGAUGAGGUUGACUGGUUCACGUCCGGGGUGUUAAUAGCGUGUUGUCGAUUGCAAGCGGUGCGUUGUCGCGGU